UCUCACACAUCUUCACACCAAACACAUUCUCACUCUUGAAAUUUCCAAAAACUUCCCUUUCACUUUCAAAACUUCAGAAAAUGGCCCCAAAAGCAGCAGCCGGAAAGAAACCCGCCGAGAAAGCCCCCGCCGCCGCUGAGAAAGCCCCAAAACCAAAGGCUGAGAAGAAGAUCCCUGCAAAAGACGCAUCGUCAACCGACAAGAAGAAGAAGAGGCACAAGAAGAGUGUAGAGACAUACAAGAUAUAUAUAUUCAAGGUGUUGAAACAGGUGCAUCCGGAUAUCGGAAUCUCAAGCAAGGCUAUGGGAAUCAUGAAUUCGUUCAUCAAUGAUAUCUUUGAGAAACUGGCUCAGGAAGCUUCCAGAUUGGGCAGGUAUAACAAGAAGCAUACUCUUUCUUCAAGGGAGAUCCAGACUGCUGUCAGAUUGGUCUUGCCUGGUGAGCUUGCCAAACACGCCGUUAGUGAGGGGACUAAGGCGGUUACCAAGUUUACCAGCGGUUAAUUAGGGUUUGUGGGGUAGUGUUUGGGAAUGAGGUUAUUAGGGUUUGAUUUGAAUUGUCUUUUGAUGGUUUUAGUGUAAAUCUGUUUAGAUCUGGUUUUAUAUGUUAUGAAUGUUGGGUUUUAUGAUUAAUGGAAAUUAUGUUUUUAAAGUGUUUAA